AGCCUACAAGAGCCUACAAGAUAAUGAGGGACGAGGGAUGUUUGUCAUGGACUCGCAUGUCUGUAUGUAUGUGUGUCAGAGAGACCUUGUUGGAACACACAACAAUGGACACACACAUGUAUGCAACAGCAAUAAUACACAUGUGGCAGCUGGCCAUCAUCGCGUCGCUUCACCAUCAUGCCCAAAAUCGAACACUCGUACACCCACAUCCAGCGCACUCGGGGCGGAUUCGAGUCUCACGCGAUGAAUGCCGUGUGUCUGCGUGACGAUCUUGGCCAAAUGGGCAGCCUUGCGACCAUCCUGAACUAACAAGAACACACAACACACCACGACAGUCGGCAGCUGACCACGUGUGGCCGCCACACGCAUGGCGAGUCGGGCUUGUCGACGGCUGAGGUGGGUAGUUAGUGUGCGGCCGCUCUGAUUGAUGGAUGAUGAACCACAGCAUGCAUGCGGUGUGCCUUGCCUGUCUUAACAGGUCGGUCGCCGACACGCAACCAGUAGCAGCUCACACCCCUGCCAGGAGCGCCACAACAAGCAUGACAGUCAAAACACCAAUGGCGCCAUCGACGGAACCAAUGCCGCCAUGUCAUUGUCGAAUGGUCAUCCGUCGAUGACCAUUCGCCGCCCCCACAUGCAGGGCACGAACCCAAGGGGGCAAGGGUGCGUCGUGGUGCUAGGGCCUGCCUGCCUUUGUGGGUUACCUUGUCAGUCGGUCGACGCAACCAUGCGCAUCUAUCCUCAUGCAUGCCGCGGGACGGAAGGAACCAUCUGACUGACAUGACACACACACAGACACACAACGCAUGACACACACGCUGGGCAUCACUCACUCAUUGCGCUGCUGCCCAGCGAUGAGGCAAUCGAUUGCUUGCAGAUCCUCAGCCACUGGAACUGCCAGCCAACAGAAUGAAGCGAAAGGACAGAUGUGCUCGUGACUGCACUGUGUGUGUAUGAAUGUAUGUGAAGCCUCACUCGGCGGUCACCUCUGGCUGACGGGAGGCUCUUUUUGUUUGAUUGCCUCCUUGCGGUCAGCUACGGACAACAGUGAAGAUCUGUGACUGCUAUGAAGAUAUAUCAGCGCGGCCCUUGC